AUUAUGUAGCGGCGACUGCACGAGCUGCAGCAUUAAGAUCGAAACCAUCACUGCAAACCAGGCGCAAAAAGCAACGCAUGAUCCAGGAUAAUCCGGGAUGUCCGGCUCUGCUCUUGGUCGACGGCUGGUUGCAUGUCUCCUGAACAUCUCGGAAGCUCGGAGAAGAGACCUGGUGGAGACAGUGGCAAGAGCAGCCAUCACUGACACACAUGGAAAAAAGCGUGAAGGCAUCACAGUGCUGAACAUCUUCAAUGAUGUUGACUACAAUCGCUCUGUCAUCACUAUUGUUGCAAGCAUUGACCUACUAAGUGAGGCUGUAUUGUCGGCUUGUGAGCGUGCUUUCUCUCUGAUUGACAUGAAUGUCCACGAGGGCACCCACCCAUGCAUGGGUGCAGUGGAUCUGGUGCCUCUCUAUCCACUGGGGGAGGAGGUGGGCCUUGAGGAUUGUGGAAAAGAGGCCCAGGCAUUAGCAACAGCUCUGACAGAACGAGUGGCAGGUACCAGUGCUUUUUUGUUCGGAUGGGCUGAUUCUCCUCAGCGUCGAGGUCUGGCUCAAAGGAGGAAGGAGAUUGGCUGGUUCAAAAAGGUCAAAGAUAUGUCAAGCAUUCAGCCAGAUGUAGGUCCACAGGCCACAAGGAGAUAUGGCAUUACAGGUGUUGGCGCCAGCCCCUACGUCAUGAACUGUAACGUGACCAUCGAUACCCAGGAUCUGGCCCUGGGCCGGAUUGUUGCUUUAGCAAUCCGUGAAACCAGUUCUGGUGGAAUCCCUGGAGUUCAGGUCAUGGCCCUGCCACAUGAAGGUGUUAUGGAGAUCGCUUGCAAUGUGGAGAGUGUUCAGGGUGGUCCUCCAUCAUCUUCAUCUUAUAGUGUGGAACAAUGGCCAAGCUUUGUCAUUGGAGGGCAAAACUUUUGCCAUGCUCCAGCCUCGCUAAUCACAGAACGUGUAGCAGAGCUGGCUAGACACCAUGGAGUGGCUAUCAAGGGUACUGCCCUGGUGGGCUUUACCCCACGUGAGUGCCGGAGACUGGCAGAGGGAGCGCUCUCAAAUGGCAUUGGAGAGUUCUGGAAAGAGCUGCAGCGUGUACACAUGUGAACAAGCCAACAACUUUCAACACUGUGUUAACUAAAUUGCAAAAUAAUCAAUUGUUAAUUAUAGGGAAUUUGUUGAGCCACCAACAAUAGAUAAUCAGCCCUUAUUACUAUAUAUAUAU